AUGGCAUCCAAUAUGAAUCAAGAUCUUGAGCAACACAGACGAAUAAUAUUCAUUCACGAUUUGAAUCCCAAUACCGAUCGUGAAACGUUGAAGAGAUAUGUGUCGACAUAUUCAAACCGUAUCGAGCGAUUAACUGUUCCUCGCGAUGAAAAAGGACGAAGCAAAUUACAUGGCAUCGUCACAUUUUUCGAUAAAGAAAGUGUUGACGCUGUUAUGAAGGAUCGUGUUCAUGUCAUUGAUAACAAACAGGUUUUUAUUCAUCGAUCCGUUCCAAUGCAAGCGUCGGCAAAAGCUAAUCAAGGAAUUCAACAAUUGAUCGUUUCUACUUUAGACAAUAGAACACUAUUUGAAAGGGAUAUUCGUGAUCAUUUCCGUACAUACGGUAGAAUAGAGCAUAUCAAUAAAUUACACCAGAAUGGAACUGUUUGGAGUAUACACUUUGACUAUUAUGAUGCUGUGCAUCAAGCUAUAUUGGCUUCACCUCAUCGUGUCCGACAAGUCGAUGUCGAUGUUAAGAUAGGUGAACGAAAUAUGACGGCGAGACAAUUUCCAGCAGACACACAAGAGAAUGAAUUAAAUGACGCCUUUGAAGCGAAGCCAAAAUAUCGUCCUCCAAGGUCGAAUGUAACUAUUAAUGAGGAAGUCUCUUCUUUCACUCUACCUGAUCAAUUAUAUUGCAUUCAUAUCACAAAUUUACCACGUGGGAUUGAUGCUGAAACAUUGUCGAAAACAUUCGAUUGGGAUGUUUACGACAUUCUGAUGAAUCCGUGCGACAACGAUUUAAGUGUUAAAACCGAGUGUUGGUUAAAGAAUGCGAAUGGUGAAGAAGAAAUCGAUAACUUCAUACGACGUUGGAAUAGAAAAAGUAUUGAUGGUUUAAUUAUUCAAUGCGAAAAGAAAGAAGAUCAAUUCGAGCUCUGUACUAAAUUUCAAAUUGGCCAGUGUGGAUACGGCGCUAAUUGUUAUUGGGAUCACAUACCUUGCACAGCAAAUGGCACUUGUGCAUCAGCUUGUCCUUAUGGUCAUGAACAAGGCAUGAAGACUGUACCGAAUCCUUCUGACGGUGAAAAACCAACACCCGUUGUUUAUCGAAUCAAACUGAGCGGUUUCCGAGCACCAGUAAGCCCUGAAUAUCUCAAUCGAUGGUUUGGCGCAAACAAUAAAUAUUAUAUUGAUAGCAAACAUAAUUGCAAUGCUUACAUAGUGAACAUUAAGUCAAUAAAAUAUGCUAAACAAUUAAUGAAGAAAUGGAAUAAUCAGAACAGCGAUGGACAAACAAUCAAAUGUCAACUGGAGCUCAGUCCAAUAUUAUUUAAUCGUUCCCGAUCAGAAACACAGUCGAUGAAUAGAGACCGAGCACGUAGUCGUCCACAAGAUGCGACCAGUCUACGAAGUGAUUCUGAUCAUUGUACAAGAGACAUCACAUUAAAACCAUUGAAUAACAAUGAAAUCAAAGAGCUGGAUAGAGACACCCGUCUCUUUGCUGAGCCUAUUCGUAAUGUUAUUCAUGCUCAAUUUCAAACCAAAAAACGUUCACUGCCAAGUGAUGCACCAUCAGAUGAAUGGGAAGUGACCAGUAAAGCAACGAAUAGUGAUGAUAAAGUGCUACUCAUUCGUCACGUCAAAAAUUCAAACCGUUUGGGAGUGAUUAAAAUCUAUUCAUCUCAAUCUUCUAAUUCUGCUGAUGUUCAUCGAGAGUUAAUUAUCAUGAAACGUCUCAAAGAUGUCCAAGGUGUGAGUCAUCUGAUUGAACCAGAAAAUGCAUCGAAUAACCUUGUUCGAUCACAUGCAACCAGUGACAAAUUGUGGAUGAUUAUGGAACGAGCACCUGGCUGUUCGUUGAAAGAAUNUGUAAUCCAAUACAGUCAAGCAAAAAGGGUAUCCGAUGGAGCAUAUAUCUCAACAUCAUCGCCAACACACAAAUGGUAUGAUGCACCACAAUCAAGCGAUGGAGCAUUCGUUUCGACAGUGGAUGCAUCUGGCAUUUGCGCUAUUCUCUUCUGGUUGUUGACACAGAGAACACUUGUACACGGCAGAGAUGAACUGCCUCAUCUACAAUUUUAUGAUAGAAUAAAUGAUGUUAGCAAAGAAGCUGCUAAAUCUAUCGAUAUAAGACGAACGGCCACUCUUGGAGAUCAACUGAGAAAAUACUUACUGACUACGUUUGACCGUGCUUUUGGCUAUCCAGGUCAUCAUCCAUGGACACUUGAUGAUUUCGAAUGUCGUCUCAGAUCAAUUCUUCAGUUACUCAUCCCGGUCGAACCAAAACUUGAUGCAGUUGAUGGUAUAAUACAGGAGUUGGCGUCUAUCGCCGAAGCAUCAUCGACUACUUCGACCAUGAUGGACAACGUUUAUGAAGAUAAGUUUAAGCAGGCGUCGCAAGCAUUCUGUCAAUCGAAAAAAAAUUUCGUUGAAACCGGCCGAAAUCAAUAUAUAUGGUCUGAUGGCGGUUGUGCAUGGGUUUGUCAUCCGCACACGUCAAUGAAUGAAUGUUACAAUGAUGAUAUACUAACAUAUCAGUCAAGUCAAGGACGAAUAACAAUUACAUAUUCAAUCAUUGUUAGGUGUUUAGCAAAAUGUAAUGAAGAAGGUCGAGUGAUUGUACUAUCGAUUAGUAGUGACGUGAACGGUAGGACGAUCGAAAUUCCAAUCGGUGAAUAUUCGACAGCCCAGGACUAUCAAAAGGAUGUGGUUGAACUUUUUCAAGUAGAGCUAAAGAACUUAUUUUUAGCUGUUUAUAAACAAAGAACAGAAAAAUGUUCAUAA